CCUUCCAGACAAACAUGGGGAAGAUGGGGAAACCUUUACUUCUCCUUUUGGCUUUUUUAGCUUCUUCGUACUGUAAUUCUGUCCCUGUGAUUCACACGGCUCUUGUUGAAGUGAUAGAAGAUCUUCCAGUCGGUAAAGUUGCGUUUCAAAUCGAAGCAUCUGAUCCAGAUGGUGACCCUCUAACAUAUCGAAUCUCUGGGACAGACGCUAGUCAUUUUGCAGUAGACAGCGGAACUGGUCAAGUCAAAAUCAAGAGUACACUGGACAGAGAGGCAAAACCCCUCUUAAACAUAGAGGCUGUGGUGAAAGAUACCGUUCAUGCGGAUGUGUCAAAAACGGUUUAUAUUUCUCUUAAAGAUGUUAAUGAUAACGCUCCAGUAUUCCAAAAUCUGCCCUACAAUGUAGAGGUUCCAGAGAAUGCACUUGUGGGCACUACACUGUUCACAGCAUCCGCCACAGAUAUUGAUUCUGGCCUAGCUAGCCAAGUGACUUACAAAAUUGAUGAUGUGGCACCAAAUGACGGGAGCCUAUUUUCAAUCUCUGAGUCAGGAAAUGUUGUCCUGGUGGGAACUUUGAGCUUCACUGAAAAAAGUCCUUUCUAUCAGAUACGAAUCAAUGCAUCUGAUCGUGGUGGGCCACUGGGUGAUCAAGAAGAAGUUUUUCAAUCCACAUCAGCAUUUGCAUUCAUUACGGUUAAGGAUAUGCCAAAUAUCGACCCACAGUUUCUGAAUUUACCAAACCUUGCUGCUAUUGACGAGAAAUCACCUGUGGGUACGUCAGUCUUUACUGUGAGAGCCAGAGAUCCAGACACUGGGGUCAAUGACCAGAUCCUCUACAGCAUUGAACGUACUAAUGCACAAGACCUGUUCCAAAUCGAUGAGGUGACUGGUGAAAUAUCUAUCAAAACUGUAUUUGACCGUGAAGAAUUACUGCUUAUAGAUGCUAUUGUAAUUUUGGAAAUAAAGGCAAGUGAAACAAAACCUAAUGUGGAUGGAAUUAUUGCAAGCACAAUGGGAGAAAUACAGAUUUCUAUUGGAGAUUUGAAUGACAAUGGCCCUGAAUUUUAUGAGUGUGAAGGUGAAACUGAAAGCUGCACACAGAAAAACACCUUCAUAGGCCAAGUUGAUGAGCAUUCAUCUACAGGACUGUCAGUAAAUGAACUGAAUAUUAGAGUCAAAGAUCCAGACCAGAGGCAAAACAACAAGUUCAAUCUCCGUCUUGAGGGACCUGAUAAGGAUGCGUUCGAUGUCAGUCCAAGAGCUGGGAUGGGAGAUAGUUCUGUACAAGUGAUAAUAAAAAAUCCAUCUUUUGUUGAUUAUGAGAAGAAGACAGUAAUGUCUGUUCAGAUUAUUGCUGAAGAUGACAGUGCAGACUUCACCUCUACGGCCUCUGUCACCAUUAACAUCAAUGAUGUUAAUGACAACCUUCCUAAGUUUGAGGAGGAUGUUUAUGAAUUUUCUGUUGAUGAACACUGUGAUGAUGGAACUGUUGUGGGCACCAUUACUGCAACAGAUGAAGAUGCCUUGGAUAAUGGCAAACUCACUUACAAAUUGAUGCCUGAAAACAUGCAGGAAAUGUUCGAUGUUCAUCCAGAAAAUGGCACUAUCUUAAUAAAAAAUGGACAGCGUCUUGACAGAGAAGUCACCAAUUCCUACUCACCCACCCUGCAGGCCAUAGAUUCAGAAGGCCAGAUUGGUACCACUGUUGUGAUGAUCAACAUUCUGGAUAUUAAUGAUAAGACACCAGAAAUGAACAGAGAACUUUAUGAGGCCUUUGUACAAGAGAACCAAAUGUUAGAGCUUAUAAUCCAGGCUAGAGAUGGAGACGACCCGAGCACACCAAACAGUAAAAUCCAGUAUAGCAUUAACGACAGCCCGUUCAGUAGUAACUUUACCAUAGACAAAGGCACUGGUUUGCUUAAAAACAGUGGUCUAUUGGACCGUGAGGCUACUGACCUUGCCCCAGAUGGUGUGAUUCAUUUGGUGGUGAUUGCUUCAGAUAUGGGCGAACCACCCCUGUCCUCCACAACCAACGUGACCAUCAACAUUGGGGAUGAAAAUGACAAUUCUCCAAGGUACCUUGAUCCUGCUCCCUACGAAUUUAAAGUGAAGGAAAGUGAACCUGGCAUAUGGGUUGGCUCUCUGCGGGCUCACGAUGCCGACCAAUCAGACUUCAAUAACCGUAUCUUCUUUAGCAUUACUGAUGGCAGUUUUGGAAGUUUCAUAUUAUUUUCUGAGCCCAUCAGUGAAGGUUACAGGGGAAACAUCACUGUUGAUCCUGCUGUUGAGCUGGACUAUGAAAGUGAUCGGAAGACAUACGAUCUAACGGUAGAGGCCUCGGACCUGGGUCAGAAAAAGGCUAAGACUAGUGUCAAAGUAAUAGUGGUUGAUGUGAACGAUACUCCGCCUGAAUUCCCAUCUGGCAUGGUCCUGAAUGUAAAAGAGAACAGCACCUUGUCAAUGCCUCUGGCCACAAUCAAAGGCACAGAUGUGGACACUAAGCACCUUCUAGAAUAUGAGCUUGAUUCAACUGAAUGCCACUGCAAUGGCAGCAGAGGUCCAUGUCCCGAAGAGUGGUUCAAAGUUGAGAGUAACGGUGAAAUAAUAACUAAUAUUGACUAUACUAUUGACUACGAGAAAUGUGAUAAAGUGUUCUUGAAUGCCAAGGUGGUGGAUGUUUUAACUGAGAAGAGGAGAAACAGUACACAAGGAGUUGUCACUAUUAAUAUUGUGGAUAUCAAUGACAACGCCCCAGAAUUUGUCAUCUUGCAGGAUUUCUAUGUUGUAGUCAUUGAGAAAGUUGAGGUGGGCACAUCUGUCGGUAGAGCUUAUGCCACAGAUAAAGAUACAGGAGAUAACAAGAAAACCACAUUUGAAGUUACCAAGGUGGUCUUUGUCAGCAGUGAAGGGAAUUCCACAGAGAGUUUGUUUCUCUACGCUGACUCUGCUAAUCAGGAAGAUACUUCUGGAAGGUUCAGUGCACAUAUAAGGUCCAGGAAAGCAAUGGAAAAUAAUAAAAGAGGAAAGUUCAUAGUCCAGGUGAAGGCGUCUAACCCUGAUGGUCUCAGUUCCACCUCUGUGGUUGAGCUUCUCACAGUUGACAGCUCCUACAGAGUCAGUCUCAGAUUUAGUGCAUCUGUGUCUGAAGUCAAUGAGAAUUUGCCUCAGAUCAGAGCGAUUCUGAUAAGUGCUACAAAAGCAACAGUUGAAUUCUUCAAUGUGUUUAGUGAGACAGUUACCCGAUCUGAAGAGACAACCGUUUUGGAGGCUUAUUUUGUGUUCCCAAAUGGCACAGCUCUUAACUAUGAUGAAGUGACCUCAAUCCUGAAUUCAGAGGAGGUCUAUAAGGAAUUUGGAUCCCAGCUUACUCAGCUUGGAUUUACAGGCAUUUCAACAACUAUUACCGAGACUACAGAAGUGAAGACAGAGGUGUUUAUCAUGAUUGGUUUGAUGGCUGCACUGGCCAUUGUUCUUGUUGUAACAACCACCUCUCUCGUGUGCAUCAGAAGAAAUUACAAGAGGAAACUAAAGGCAGCAAAAGCCAUGAAUUCAGCAGCCUCAGUGGUCAUAAAGAAUCAGAAGACAGGCCCUGUUGUUCCUGGAACCAACAAAUACAACAAAGAAGGCGCAAACCCAGUGCUGAAUAUGAAUAUUGACACAGCCACAGACCUAGGCUUCGAUGAAGAUGACUCCAGCGCAGACAGAGAGAGCCUGAAUUCCCUGGACUACAGCAUUGAUAUGACGACAGAGAAUGACGCUAUGCCAAUGAUGGUAAAUGCAAUUCAGGAGGAAGACGAGGAGGAGGAGGAGGACGAAAGAAGUGAAUCUCCAUACAUUGAGCCUCUGGGUGCUGCACUUGCCCAGCGAGAAAAGAGGAGAGGUGCAGACAGCCCCAGUCUCACUUUUGCAAACCCUUCCGUAGACACCACUGAUCUCUAACUUUCAGCCUCUGACCUCCACCUGUUUGCCAUUUUUUUAUAUGUGAUCCUGCCAUAAAAGGAGAAAAGACUCAAUUUCACAAUAUAUUGCAAUUUGGCAAACUUUAACUUUAAAGUAAACCCACUUUAAAUCACCAAUGCACUUUGAAAUGUAAGAGAGAGAAAAAAAUCCCAGUGCACUAAAAACAGUUCAAACAGUAUUUGAAGGUAAAUUGUACUUACAUUAUUCUCCAUCAUCCCUUUUUCAUAUUCAGAAUUUUUGGAUUCUCCAAUAUUUAAUACCUAUUCCUUGAUUGUAUUGUUUUGUCAUAAAGAAGAAUGAAACUCUUUUUAAAAAAUAUUAUGUUCUGUCUCUGAACAAAAAACCUUAACUGCUUCAACAGAAACUAAAGUAAAACUGCUUGUGUAUCCUGACAAAUAUUACCUACCACUAGUCUGCUAGUUUAAGUCUGAGUCAAAUCAAAUAAAAAAUCUCAUAUCUUGCUAUGACAGAUUUAUUAAACAGGGUUUAUAUAUAUCGUAAACUGUCUAUAUAUGGUGUAUUGUUAUAUGUUCUAGUGCAAUCAUUCGAUAGCAUGUUCAGUGAAUAAAAAAAAUAAAAUAAUAAUAAUUAGGUAUUUUUCUCUAAUAAAAUUGAUCAUGUUAUUAAA